CGGUUUAUUCCAGUUUCCAAUCGCGUCCGGCGCGCACCAAGACGCACCAGCGAGCGAUCAGCUGGGCAGCGUUUCCCUCCCAGAAGGCAGGGCUGCGUUGAGGCACACUCACUCACUCUCUGCUUAGACUAUUCAACAGAGUUUGCUGUUUGCUCCAUUUUUAUUACUUUUUGUGUCCUGACUGAUUUUGCGGACGAGAUGUUGGAGAUACUCGCUUUCCAAAAAUGAACACAGACUGCACCAAGCCCUCUGUUGCUCCCAAGCCAAGAUUUGUUUGUCACGCCAAGCUGUCCCCCCUUCUGUCUGCAGCCAGGGGUCCUAAACCUUCUAUAGCCCCAAAACCUAAAGUCGCAUCAGAGGUAAAUGGCAGCCAGGGAGGAUGCAGUAAUGGCAGCCUGGUAACCUCAGAUGGUGAGGCUGAUGAGGAGCACAAGACAGAGAAUGGUCUAAACAAAGCAAGUAUAGACACAUUGCCAACGGAGCAACAAUUUAACUCUUACAUCCUCAAAUCACCACAAACAGACUCACCAUCGGGGUCACAUGGGCUGGAGGACAGAGAUGUGACAGAGGAGGAAAACGAAGAUGAAGAUAUGAUUCUGAAGAUGGAUGAGGACUGGAGAUUAACUGACAGUGCUGUGACAGAGGAAGCUGAUUCCCUGGAAACACUUUGGAUCAGUGAUGCUAGACCCACGGCUGACUCGGAGGAGGCAGUGGAGAUGAUUGACACAGACGUGACGGAGGACAUGGAUGCUGAAGGUUGCGAUGCAGGUGAGGCGCUGGCCGACACAGAUGGCAUCUCUGUGGGAGACUUUUCUGUUAACAGCAUCGAUGAGGAGGCAGGCUGUUAUUCUGGUGAAAGUCGAGACCUGAACAAGAACCAGCGCCAAAUUGAAGAGGAUGCAAAUACAGCAGAUGAUCUAACUGAGUCUUGUACAGAUGAACCUGAUGUCCUGGGUGAAGAAACCACAACUGAGGCUGAUGACAAGCGUGUUUUUCUAGCAGAAGAUGAAGAGAAAGUAGAACCAGUCUCUGACUGUGGUUUCACUUGUAACAUCCUAAAGCUGAGGUGUAGCCCUAAGAUUAAAGAAAAAGGUGAAAGCCAAGAGCACACCCGUUUUUAUGACUUCACUCCUGACAACCAGAAACAGAUCUCUGGUGCAGCUAAGAGACACACUGGCUUAGAAGGCGAUCCAGGUUAUGAGCCGUUUUACAUCUCUUCGGAGGACAUUAUAAACCGAGACUUGAUGCCAAGGAAAGACAAAACUUGUGGACCACUAGAGAGUGCACUCACACAAAGUACCGUUUCUUCUUUAAACAGCCAUGGAGUAUCAGCCAGGAAAUAUGAGGAAACAGCUGAAAAUAUACAAACGGAGUGUUUGGGUUCUCAGGAUUACAUUAACAGCACUCAUGAAAACAAGGUAAGGAUAUGUCCGAAAAGGAUGCCUGUCAAAACUGAAGAGCAUAAUUCUCAUGCAGUGGGAGACGUAUUAAAUCAUUUGUACUUCCAGCCAAGGUUCAGGCAGAUAUCCAUCUCAGUACCAACAGAUGCCGAUACCUCGCUGACCUCUUCAUGCUCAGGAAGCCAGCUCCUGUCCCCAAACGACUCUGAUGUCUUCAGAGACGACGAUGACUCGGAGGGCCACAUUGUGCCCUUUCUGGAUGACACCACUGACACAGAGCAGGACAUCAGCGAUGAGCAUCUAUACGAGGAGCCAGGGAAAAGUUUGUAUGCGGAAAAUGGUUUUCCUUUUGAUAGGAAAGUGACCGGGAUUCGAUCCCACUCUUUGUCACACCGCAUUACUAAUAAAGUGGAGGAUACAGGAGUGCAGUUUCUUCAGAAGCCCUACAUGAGUGGAUUUGGACAACCUGCAAUGAGCAGCAGCCCCAUGUUAAACUCAACACGGCACAAAAGUUACUCAAAACCCCAUUAUUUGUCCCUGUACCCCCGUUCCCUGUCCAUGGAGGGCCAAGACUCAUCUCUGUGUGUCUACAGGGAAGGAUCUCCUAGACAGAGAGGUGCCCUUUGUUCAUCUGAAAGCUUCUCCAGGCGCUCCCCUCUCUCAUCCAGUGCCCUAUCCACACCUACAUCUGCAGUGGAUAUCCCUCCUCCGUUUGAGCUGGCCUACAUCACUAAGAGGCCUAUUACAAAGAGUUCUCCUUCCCUUCUCAUUGAGGGGGACUCAUCAGAGAAAAACAGGAAAAAGAAGUCCUCCCUUAAGCGCUUUCUCAUGCUUAAAUUUAGGCGGAAGACAGAAAACAAGCCCGCGGUCGAUGUCAAACCAUCGUUCUUUAAGCCCUCAGCAGAGUCCAGCCACCGUACGCCCAGCAGACUGCUGGAUUUAGAUAGAAGCAGCAUAAACAGCUCUCCGCAGCUGAACUCACGCUCAGUCAGCAAACUACAAGUUUCACCUGAGCCGGCCUCUCCCUUCCUGUUCUACAAGGAAAGCAGAAGGAAAGGGAACACUGUGGCCUUCCUCAAUCGCAGCGUUGUCCGGGUGGAGUCCUUCGAGGAUCGCUCUCGUGUGCCUUUCACUCCUCUCCCCCUGACCAAGCCUCGGUCCAUCUCCGUCCCCAACACAGAUACCUCUGACUACGAGAAUGUUCCGGCCAUCAGUUCAGACUACGAGAACCUUCAGGUGCCGCAGCGGAGGCCUGUUCGGCAGAUACCUCUCACAGACUUCUUUGUCCGUCCCAGUCGAGUGCUGUCUGCUGCCAAUGAGACAGAUGGUUAUGUGGACAUGAGCAGCCUCCCUGGGUUUGAGAAAAAAACUCAGUCACUUGAACAGGAAACAGAAAGUGCCUAUACAGAAGCAUACAACGUGUGUGCGUUGGCAGCUGGUCCACAGGUUAAUCCGGUGGGUGAAGAUGUGAGAAAGACAAUGGGUGAAGAAGACCAAGGACGCACCUCUGAGGAAGACGAGGCAGUGACAGAAAACAACUAUGACAGACAGUCUGACGGUCGAUCCAGAGCCUUUUACAUCGUCAAAGAGCUGGUGGAUUCAGAGAGAACACAUGUUAAAGCCCUCAAGGUGCUCCAGGAAGACUUUCGUGAGGCUGUUCGGUCGACAGUAGGAGACCAAGGGCAACCUGCGCUGGAUGAUGAGAGACUUCGAGAGAUUCUUAAUGAGCUUCCUGAUGUUUACACCCUGCACCGCACGAUCCUUACUGAGCUAGAGAAUCGAAUCCAACACUGGGAGGACAGCCAAACGAUUGCAGAUAUAUUCCUGAGCAGGAAAGCAGAGUUUUUGGUCUUUACCACCUACAUCGGCCACUAUGAUCGGAGCAUGAGUUUACUGGAGGACAGCUGCCGAACAUCGCCCGCUUUUGCGGAGAUUGUUCAACGUUUUGAGGAGAAAAAUCCAGCUGGGGAAAAUGCCUCCUUUAAACAUCAGCUUCUGCGGGUCAUCGUGCGUGUGGCUCAGUAUCGUAUGCUCCUCACGGAUUACUUGAACAAUCUCUCCCCAGAUUCCAAGGAAUAUGAAGACACUCAGGCUGCCGUAGUAAUCAUGUCUGACAUCGCAGAUCAAGUGAAUGACAGCCUAAAACACGGGGAGAACUUGUUGCGUCUGGUCAACAUAGAGUACAGUGUUCAUGGCCAGCGGGACUUGCUUCAGCCUGGCAGGAUUUUUGUGAAGGAGGGCACGCUGAUGAAGGUCAGCAGGAAGAGUCGUCAGCCCCGCCAUCUGUUUUUGAUGAAUGACGUGCUUCUUUACACCUACCCUCAGCAGGAUGGCAAAUAUAGACUGAAAAACACUUUGCCCCUCACUGGGCUGAAGGUCAGUAAACCCAUUAUUGAAAAUGUCCAAAAUGCACUGAAGAUAGAGGCAGCAGACAUCUCCAUCACUUUGUCUGCAAGUUCCUUUUUUGAAAGAGAGGACUGGUUUUACACUCUUAAUCGCGCUGUGACUGAGCAUAUGAGAGGCUCUGUGACAUUCAGCAGUUGCUCUGGAGAGGCCAGAGAUCGCCUCCGGCUGACUCUAGGAGAGAAGGCUCCCACACUUGUUCCCGUCUCACAAGUGAUGAUGUGCAUGAACUGCACCUCGGAUUUUAGUCUCACUCUUCGCAGACACCACUGCCACGGCUGUGGACGGAUUGUUUGUCGGAGCUGCUCCAGGAACAGAUACCCUCUGAAGUACAUGAAGGAUCGCAUGGCCAAAGUGUGCGAUCACUGUUACAAUGAGCUAAAGAAGAGAGGCGGAGAUGCUGCUGUGAUGUCAGGGCAGACUAGCCCUCGGUCAAACCGCUCCAGUCGUCCGCUCUCCACCGUGUUCCAGAACAUUCAUCCUCCCAAUAUUUGGAGACAUCGGAAAGGCACUGCAUCCUUCACACAGGUGACAGUGUCGGAGGAGGGCUCAAUCAGUGGCAGUCUACAGCGAAGCAAGAAGAGCAAAAGGAACUGGAAGAGACUGUGGUUCCUCCUAAAAGACAAGGUGCUUUACACCUACAGAGCCCAAGAGGAGAAGGUAGCGUCAGAGAGUUUACCUCUGUUGGGUUUCACAGUGAGGCUGCCUGACAAGCAGAGGGGAGAUGAAGAGGCUAAUGUCUUCCAGCUGUACCACAAAAACACUUUGUACUACACUUUCAAAGCUGAAGAUAACAACACAGCCCAGAGAUGGGCAAACGCCAUGGAGGAAGCCACAGUUUUAUAGAAUAAGCUGAAAGAAAAGUCUGCCUUUCUCUUUGUACACACUUGCGCCCCUCAAAAAACUUCUGACUGUGAAACCACAGCGAAGAGGAACAAACACUGUUUUAUUACUGCAGGUUUACAAGUUAUAACUUGCCAGCUGGACUGAAGAAAAGAAGACAUUGUGUUCUUUGAGAAGGGACAUGAUCACCUACUUUGUCAACCUCCAAGUGUUCCCUGCCUGCUGGUAGAGCAGGUGUGAUGCUGAGAACCACGAGAUGCACUGGCCCAGAUACCUGACAGUGUGGAACAUUACAAUGAUGUGACCUGUAUUUCCCCCAGCAGCUGAUCAGCGUCACUCCUCCAAAUUGUGGUGAAAUGCUGUCGAUUAUUUCCAAGUUUUAUUACUAACAAUAUUUUGAAUAUGUUGAAUACUUCAGAAGAGGCUGAAACGAUAAUAACACCUGUCAGCUUAACUCAGAAAUGGCCUCAUCUUUAGUCAAACAUGCAUUAUUUAUGCCUUAAUUUCAACAUUUGUUCUUGCACUGGAUCUCCAUAAAUAUGCUCUGAAGCACAGGCUGCAUCAAAUAGGGAGUAACUUUAUAUGUAUAAUAGUGUCGAUUGCUUUGCCAUGUACUGUAUUGUGGAGAUGAACGUGAAUAAGUAGUUUCUAUGCCUUUUGCACUGAUUUGAAAAAGAAAUGAUUGUACAAAUGAGUGUCAUUCAUUACUGGGACCAAAAGGUUCAACUACUGUACUUAAUAUACUAGCUACUGGGAAAAUGUGGAAAACUAUGUCUUUAACAUUUUAAAUCCCUAUAAUAAGUAUAUUAUAAAUCCAUGUUUGUAUAAGACUCACUGAGCUGGAGCGGAUCUGCAGACGUGGACUGAAACAUGAAUCACCGAUUGCACUGAUCUACAUAAUCAGUGUUUUGGACUUUGUACUGUACUAGAUGUUUUCUUAUGUUUAUUUACAAGACAAUAAUUUGAAAACAAAGUAAAAGAUACUAUAUGAUCAUACAAAGAGUCAGUGUCUGUGCUUUCUCUUCAUUCUGCUCGUGUCCUCUAGAUGGCAGGUGGACUAUAUUUGAAAGCAGGUGGCAGGCUGUCAUUGAUUUUCUGUUACCGUGUCCUUGCUCGUGGUUUACAACAUAUACUUUAGAUUAAAAUAGGAAAAAUUCAACAUGCAGCAGCUUCUAAAUAAACCUAAAGGUGCCUGGGCUGACAAAUAGUCCAUGUGACGCUUGUUCCGAGACCAAGCUGGUCAGUUUUUCAGCUCACGUGCAGAGCUUCUCGGGAAGACACAGUGGGACUAAGUGAUACACAGACCAGUGUGCUGUUGGGCCAAAGACAGGCCAGGCCUGUUCUGCUUCUCAUCUACCCCUGAGGCUUCCUGACCCAGAAUAAUAUCAGGCAGAAAGUUUGCUUUCUGGGGCUACUGAAAAGUUGCAGACACCUCGUCCUACAUAAAGGAGAGACCAUUCAUCACUGUGUUCUUCCUCUCUAGCCCCAGUUCUGCUUUCUCCCUACUCUGUUUGCUUUCAUCACAUAUCUUCAGUUGGGACUUCUCUGCCUACGUUGCAUAGCAGUUGCCAGAUGCCACAAGGAAAGCAGGGUACAAACCUAGUUUACCUAAAUGUAGAACUUCUCUGUCAGCUUCCAAAUGCAAAUUUAGUGUGUCCGUAUUUAAAAUACUUCCCCUUAACUUUUUUUCCUUCUUCUAAAAACAGGAACUCAUUGCAAGGGCAUAUAUGAGGGCAUAUAUGACUAGAACAGGUAUAUCCGGUGGCACUUUUAAUGAUUAUUUAUGUGCUAGUUAAGAAGCACAAAAAGAAAGCCUUCUGUGUGCUUGACAUGUCUUUUUCAGUGAGGCAGGAAUGGUGUCAUAAUCCGGUCUUACUUCCACAUUGCUGCAGGCGGGAGCAAUGCAGAGUGAAGCAAAUAAUCAAUCGUACACACAGCCUACUCAAUAAGGUCAGAUGCAUGCAGCUCUGUUAUAUGUGGUCUGUUACCAUUAACAACUGAUGCUACGGAGCCGCUUGAAAUCUAUUCUGAGGUGAGCUUCCUUACCUGUGGCUUUUUACUCACAACGCACCAACAGCACACACUCGACUUUAUUUAACGACAAACUCACACUGACACGCUCGGACCGCCAGUCUUUGUCUGAGAAGGGAAUGCAGCGUUUGCAUUGAUGUCGUGAGCUACAACAGGAUAGCUUCUCAUCUUUCAUAGUGCUGUGUGGGCAGCAUUGCCUCAGGGGAAAGGAAAAGAGUUUAUUAUGCAAGAGCUGGAUGUUUAAUAAAAAGAAAGACUCCGUCCCCUUGACAUUGGCUUGACAUUUCUGGGUUUGCACCUUGUGUUUCUCGUUCUCACUCAGAGAUGGGGAGAGGAAGUGGAGAAAAGAAAAGAUACAGAGAGGCUGGAAGAAUAGAGGGACUCACUCUUAUGUCCCACUUUGCAAACUCUUUGCAGCCUACACUGCCAAGUCAAUGUUACACCUAUUCCACCUCCCCUAAAGCUUUAAAUAGCCCGCUUUCCCUCAAAAGGACAAACCAGAGAGAAACACACAGCCUUCAGCACACUCUGCACCUCCGACUGAACAUACAUUAUUCCUGCUGCCUAAACGGGUAGUCUGCAUUGUGCCUUCUGUUCUCUGGUGAUCAGUGUGUCAUAAACAUUUAGAAAGAGAUAAUUAAACAUAUGUCAGCAGGACCAGCAGCCAACAAUAAAAGGCUUUGAGAUAUGACAUCUCAGAGGAGGCUUUUGCAAACUCCAAACACUUAAAAAAAUGCUUGUUAUUUGGUGACCAGGCUUUAGAGCUGUGUUAAUGAGAGUUAAUUUAGAAGACUGACAUCACACUCGGGACUUUCCAUUUAAAGUGGAUCUUGUUUUGUUUUGUUUUUUUAAUUCUGACCGUAGAAUC